AUGAGUAGUGGAUCUCAUCCCCGAUAUGUUCCAUCAGGUAGACGACAGAUAAACAUAACACCCGUACUAUCGACAAUUAUACCAAAUGCGAGUGUUAUUCCAAAUGCAACACAAAUACAUCCAACACGCAGGCCAGUUCCAUCAAACCGACCAGCUUCAUCAGUGGUGGUCCCAGCGUCACCAGGGGUAGUACCAGGUUCAUCAGUGGUGGUGCCAGGUUCAUCAGUGGUGGUGCCAGGUUCAACAGUGCCACGAUACCCUGGUCUACAACCAGCAUAUUUAGCACCAUCACCAUAUAUUCCCGUCCUACCUCCUCCACCUCGAAGAAGACGUCAUCAUAAUGGUGGUGUUAGACGAUACAACUAA